UGAUCACACUGCUUUGGUCUCCAUCCAUACAUUGGCUGCUGAUGAUGAGGCAGCUGGUGGCGCGCACGGACUCAUUGUAAAAAGAGAGAGGGGGGAGCGCGCUCUCGCUCGCAGAGAGUCGGGUACGCGCGAAGCGGUGUGCAGAUGUGUCGCAGAUUUUGUAAAGUCACUGGACGCUCGCAAAGAUCCACCACAAGGAAGAGUCGCUCCGGACAAAUGGGCCCUUAAACUGUGAGGAAAACAAGACGGCUGAGGAGGAAGAGGAAAGAAGCGAGGGACGGCUGUCAUACACCAGUUAACGUUAGCUCAGUUUGUAACGGGAGGAGAGAGGGGAGAAAAAAAAAGACGUUACUUUGACAGUUAAAAAGCCAACGGGCGGCCGCGUGCACAGAGAUGGAGCUGUCAGCGAUUGGAGAGCAAGUGUUCGCCGUGGAAUCAAUUGUGAAGAAAAGAGUUAGGAAGGGGAAUGUGGAGUAUUUGUUGAAGUGGAAAGGAUGGCCUCCAAAAUACAGCACGUGGGAACCUGAGGAACACAUUCUGGACCAGCGCUUGGUGCAGGCCUACGAAGAGAAAGAGCAGAGAGACAGAGCUCUGGGUCACAGGAGAAAAGGAUCCAAAACCAAAAAACUCCUUAUGCAGAAUACUAUCUACACCAUGGAUCUCCGCAGCGCUCACAAGUCUCCAGAGAAGCCCCCGCCUCGCCUGCGACUCUCCCUGACACGCUCUCUGGUCUCCGAGGACGAGGAUCAGCCGUACAGUGCCUGCAGGCAGGACGAACAUCUGCAAGUGGCACAUCGAAAAAGCAAACCCAGGAGGUCACAGUUCAAGUGCCUUGACUCAAACCCUCCAAGUCCUACACAAGAGGACUGGGACGGCCAGGGAGAGGAGGAGGAGGAGGAUGACGAGGAGGAAGAGGAGGACAAUGUAGAAUAUGAAGAGGAUAUAGAGGAGGAGAAGGAGUCGUCUCCAAAGGAGAUAACAGAAAGGAGUGUAAAUGGACAGAAGAGGACAGACGAGUGGAAGUCUGCUAUCGGACCAGACGAGGUCAUCGCAUCAGACAAGCCGGACGAUGACGUCUGGAGACCCAUCAUCGGUCCGGGGGAGGUGACCGUCACAGAUGUCACCCUCAACUCCCUCACAGUGACUUUCCGAGAGUCGAGAGUGGCCAAAGGCUUCUUCAGAGACUGGGGCCUGGAGGUCUGAAAUGUGAUGAAGUCUGAGUAGGUUGGUGGGAAGGGCGCUGUGAGAGGGAUUGGGAGUCAUCGCAAUGUGUGAAUGGUCGUUGAGGGCCAGGGUUGGGGUUUUCACUCCCUCUGUGUAACCUCUCGCUCUGCUCUUCCUCUCUUCAACUACUUCCAGCCUGGUCAGUGGUAUGUUUACAUGCACAGAGUCACAACUCCAGUUAAUGUUACAUUUAGGUUGAGCUGUUCACCUCUCGAUACAGUGGGACUGAGUUGCCUUUUUUGAAUUAAAGGGGUAUUAGAUAGCUGCAUGUGGUUGUGACUUCUGUUCGAGAACAACAAGCGUGACCCAAGUCAGCAGGCUGAUUGAGGUGCAAUCAGUAGCACUGUCGGACCGGCGAGCUGUAGCCCGUACGUGAUCGCCAGAUUUAGGUUGAUUUUAGGGGUUCACCAGUUUAGCAGUACCUGGACUAGCCAAGGGCCUUCGGGCCUGUAGAAUUAAAAUGUGACUAAGUAGGUGAGUCCGAUAAAGUGAGAGUACGAGUCAGAAAGCCAAAGAACCUACAACCCUGAUUCCAAACAAGUUGGGAUGCUGUGCACAACAUAAAUAAAAAACAGAAUGCAAUGAUUUGCACUUCUAUACUUAGUUUUUGUCAAUAUACACACUCAUUCUCAGCCUGCAGCGUGUUCAAAAAAAGUUGGGACAGGAUUAAGAUAAAAGACGGACAAGUUGUGGAAAAAGUUCCACAGGUAAACAUACUAACUGGUAACAGGUGAUAGUGUCAUGAUUUCUCACUCCAAAUCAAAUCCCUUCCUCCCCGAGUGAUGUGAGAGCAUGUUGUUUGGAGGAAGGUGUAUGCAGUCUCCCUGAACUGGCAUAUUCCAGGCUGCUUUAUGUUGACAUGUGUAGAGCAUAUACACAACUUUUUUUAGUAUCAGGGUUGUGCUUAACAGAUCUUAUUGGUACCAGUUAAAACUCGCUGACACAGGUAAAUUAUGUUUUUUUAUCAUGGGUCUUAACUCUUCCACCUUAAAGGUACCCUGUAGAGUUUUCUUGUAAAUAGACAGUUAGGUUUACAAAUCUCACUUCCUCCCUAGAGCCUACAUUGCUAGUAGCUUGCAACCUUCUUCUUCCAAUUUAGUGUUGCAUCGCUGCCACCUGUAGAUCAGUGAAAUAGUCUGAACGUAGCAGCAGGAAUGUGUAUCUCCGAACUAACAAACCAAGAACUAACAAACAGUAGUAGUGCUACUAGUGGCCAAAAACUCCACAGGGGACCUUUUAAAUCUGUUAACAAGCAUGAAAAUGUUUCAGUCUUUCAUUUAACGUAAUGAGUUUUGUAUUUGCAAAGUAAACAGUAGCACAGUAGCAGAGUUAUCGCAUUCAGUGACGUGAUGAAUCAUGUGAACCAGAGGGAGAGGAAGAGAUCUCUGUGCAUGUAAACAUGGCCGCUGUUUCUGUCUCUUCCACACUAAGGUAACCAUCCAGAACUGGACUCAUACGUAUUGUACAUACUCCACACUACAGUCCCAUACUAACAUGCAGUGCAGUACCUGUAACCUGUGAACACAUAGACUGUUACUUCUGUACAUGUGGCUUAGUCCUGUAUGCGUUUCAAAGUCCUUUGAUCCGCCUGCAUGCCUUUCUCCUCCAGUACAGUUCUAUCAAUGCAAAUACACAUAGUGUAGUUUUCUCCGUCCGCCCGGCUCUUCAUCUUACAACAUACAACACACUACACAAGUGAUGACUGAGUAUUGUA